AUGACCGAUCGAUCAGGAUGGGAUGCAGAAAGAGUCGUCCAGAACUCCAAAGAAAUUCUAAUGAAUAAAUUUCAAGAAGUCGCAAACGUCGAGCAAGCUGUGAUGAUGGAAAUCAUGGUAAAAGACGCAGAAAGAGAAAGCGUUUUGAGAGACAUGAUUUUGGAGGUAGAAAUCUUGGAAAGAGAAAACAGGAUUUUGACAAUGGAGAACAAAAGCUUGAAAGAAAUGAUGGAAAACUGUAAAAACUCUUCACUUUAA